AUGGAUGUUCUCUUUGGUGUAGCUACUCAUGACUUUGUUCUACUGGCAUCGGAUAUGUACUUCCGCAAUAACGUUAUAGUAAGCAAAACAGAUCUUGUGCGUUUCACUAAGAUCUCUGAACGAGCAGCCGUAAUUGCAUCUGGCAACCAAGGGGACUGUGAACGUACGAUCCGCUACAACCUGGAGAGUUUGCGCUUCCAAGAAGCAGCUAAUGGCCUUGUGCUUACUGAACAGACCUUUGCCUCUAGACUUCAGAAGCACAUUCAUUCUCUAGUCCGUCGUAAGCCCGUGGAAGUAACAGCUCUUAUUGGUGGUAUAUCGUCUGGAAGUGGUCUUCUGUAUACUAUUGACCAGUAUGGAGCACUAACCACUACCAAGUAUGCCGGUACGGGCUAUGCAGGCAAUUUGUUCCUCAGUGCAAUGGAUAGUAAAUACCGUCCGGAUAUGUCCGAAGAAGAGGCCAUUGACACUAUACGCAGUAUCUAUGAAGGUAUCAAAAACAAACUAGUGAUUAACUAUGGAAAUCUCCAUUUAUGUCUGAUUACGCGUAACGGCAUGCGCGAGAUAAAAUAA